AUUUCCGAGGCUGAGAGACGUAGAGAUGUGAAAGAUUGUUCUUGUUUCUGUGGUUUGGACAUGACUUAUGUCAUCACAUUAUGCUAUAAUAAAUAGUGUUUGUUAAGUUAUAUAUAAAAAAAAAAAAUCAAUAGUGUUUGUUGAGCUCCCUCGUGGCUUCUUCACUUUAAUAAUUGUACGAAGACUAAAAAUACGUUACUUUUUGAUUUUUCCUUAGCAGAGUACAGUUUCUUCAAAAGAGUUUGGUCUUCCUCCUUCCUCUGAAGGAUUAUCCUCUGAUUUUUCAGGGAAAGAUCGAAACUUUAUUAGAUUUCCUGAAAGAUGGGUAACGCUCUUGGAUACCUCUACGGAAAAUGCUACAAACCCACCACGGACGACGACUCUCUCGGUCCUCACGGCGUCUCCGCGGCCACUGUCGGUGUUUCAGCUCUCGCUCACGAUCUCUUCAACUUCGAGAUCACUUCCCAAGUUCCUGAAGGACUUGGGAGGUAUGUUGUGUCAUCAAGAAAAGCUCAAGCAAACUGGUAUAGAAAAAUACUUGAGGCAUGGAAGCAAGCAAAACCUCCACCACAGACGGCAGAGGAUGCUUCUCGGCUUGUUAUUGAGAUCUUGAAAAGGCAUCAGAAUGCAGAUGUUGAGGGACUGUUGUCUUUCUAUGGACUCCCUUUGCCUGACACUCUCGUUGAGCUCUCUACUGAACCUCCUCCUGGUUCUUGGCCUGAAGGAGUUCUCUCUGAGUUUCAAACUCUUCCGGUUGAUCCAAAAGCUGUGGCGGAUGGAGACACCAUCACAGUUUAUGUCUCUACUUCAGACCCGGUUGUGUCAUCUUCUGUGCCAAGGGAAGUGAAUGUUGCAGCGGUUAAAAGAGCAAAGGCACGUGAGAGGAAAGAUUACACCAAAGCGGAUGCGCUUCACCAGAAGAUGAUUGAUUCUGGUUACAGAGUGCUAAACAUUCAGAAUGAAGAAGUGCUUGCUCGCAAGUUCAGAAUUAGACUAAGGGGAAUAGAUGCACCAGAAAGCCAGAUGCCGUAUGGGAAAGAGGCACAAGAAGAGCUGCUCAAGAUUGUUCAAUGGAAAAGCUUGAAGGUGUUGGUUUAUGGAGAAGAUCGGUAUGGGAGGUGUGUUGGAGAUUUAUACUGCAACGGAGUUUUUGUUCAGGAGGCAAUGCUAAAGAAAGGUCUUGCUUGGCAUUAUGUAGCUUAUGACAAACGCGUGGUUCUUGCAGAGUGGGAGAAAGAAGCAAGGCAGAAGCGUAUUGGCUUGUGGGCUUCUUCAAAUCCUGAAAAGCCAUGGGACUGGAGAAAGAACAACAGGCGUGAGUAAACAGCUGGCCUCUGUAAAAACUCAUUGUUUGAUGAUCACUGAAGGUUUCUCCUUACUCAAUUAUUUUAUCCCAUUGUAAGAUGUGUACUAAUGGUAAGAAUAUGUAUAAAUGGUGCUUACGUUGA